GGUAAUUGCAAAUGCCCUCUUCCUCAAGGUCAUUUAAGUACUAAGACUUUAUCCGAAUUUGUCCUGAAAAUCUUGGUAGACUGAUUUUAUUUCAUAAGUAACAGCCAGCACAGUAACUUAUUUUGUUUUUUAUCCUUAUGUUUUUCCUUUUUCUGAAAUACAUUAAGCUAGUAUAGGAAUAGUAUUUACUGGCUGUUUUGUGAAGACCAAUUCAGGGCUUGCAGCCUCCGGAAAUCGGAACACCCACGUGGAACAGCCAUUCAAAAUAUGAACGAAUUCUCAAAUGCUAUCAUUUAUUUUGUCAGUGGAUGUGCACAAUAUCUUUCUCGUUCACUGCAUCUGUAUCAUUUGAACACAAAAUCAAAUAAUUAAAUUCUAACCAUGACGUGCGCAUUAUAUGUUUCAUUAACUAAAUAAGUAGUGAUCAGUACGAUUUCAAUACUCUUGAAACAUCUAUUAUAUCAAAUGCUUUCACUGCUGUUCAGAUGACUAAAAUACAUCACAAGACUACAAAUUCACUCUUCUCUCUUUCUAGUACACGCCUACUGUAUUCUGUGAAUGUGAAUUCCGUGUCGCUCGGGUUGGUCAUACUAAGUGUACUGAUAAAUCAUUUUUCGAUGGUGGUAGCACGUGAAAAUAAACCUACAACAAGUGAUUUGCUGAUGGUUUUUAUUCUAUGUCGACAUGGUGACAGAUCUCCUGUUCAUACCUUUCCUACAGACCCAUAUCGAAAGCUGUGGAAAAUGGGAUAUGGUCAGCUAACGCCUUAUGGUGCAGAACAACAUCACGAACUUGGUCGGCUUAUUCGCAAAAUGUAUUCAGGUUUUAUUCCUGAAGUUUAUCACAAGGAUGAAACGUUGUUUCGUAGUUCUGGUACUGAAAGAACACUCAUGUCUGCCAAUAGCUUUAUCCGAGGGUUUUACCGCUUGGAAAAGAAGAGUACAAAUAAUGUCCCCCCUGUUUUUUCUAGACUAACACACGAAGAUCAUCUGUUAAAAAUGUCCAGCAAGUGUCCUAAAUUUAGCAGACUUUUCCACAGUCUGAUGAACUCAUCACUGGUAUCUCAGAAAGCGAAAAUUUUCAGUGACUUCUUCGUCCUGCUGGAGCAUGUGACAGGAUACACUUUCCCCAACGAUAGAAGUUCUUCGGAUAAUUUUUACUCAGCCUGGCGUAUAUGCGAUCCUGUCACCAUAUGGGUAGAUCAUUCUUUGCCUUCACUGCCUCGUUGGGUCACUAGUGAUGUUUAUAAACAAUGCUCUGAUUUAUUGGACUAUAAACAUUUUAUUCGAUUUUCUGAACCACACUUGACAAGAUUACGAGGUGGCCCACUAGCUGGUCAUAUGAUGGAUUUAUUUCGUGAGCGUAUUGACCAAGAGUUAAAGACAAAUAAUCAUGACAAGGAUGCUUCAUUUCAGAUACAUCGGCGUUUCAUUGCUUAUUUUGCACAUGAUUCUACACUGGCAGCUCUAAUGAGUCAUUUAGGUGUAUAUAAUGGACUUAAACCGCCUUUAGCAAGUUGUUUAAUAGUUGAACUUCAUCGUUCACCAUCAUCAUCAUCAUCAUCACCAUCAUCAUCCAAUAAUUUUUAUCUUCAAUUUUAUUAUCACAAUGAAACAAAACUUCCGCUAAACACUAAUAAAAUAAUAAAUCUUUGGCCAACUAAAUGUGGACCUCAUAAUUAUGCUCAUGAUAAAUCGAUAAAUUAUUCAUGCCCAUUUCACACACUUGAAUUAUCCCUACAAGGAACUUAUGCAACCGAUGUUGCAGCUGAAUGUUAUGAGCAUAAUAAUAAUGAUAAUGUGAAAACAACCUUGAUGAAACAACCAUCAAGUAUGAAAAUGUUCGAAUCUUAUUGUUAUCAUCCUCAAUUAUUAACUUUGAUAUUUUUGCAAACACUGGUAGUCUGCUAUUUUGUUGCUCGUUUCUUACCUUUUCCAAUAGUUUAUUUUAUCAAUAAUUUUAGAUAUUCACGUCGUGUACAAUAAGAACUUUCAUGUAUUGUCAUUCGCAUUCAAUUCGGCGAAUCAUGUUCAAUAAAGUAAGAUAAAAUCAAAAGAGAAGAUUAUUAUUCUAUUUGUGAAUGUGAAACUUUUCAUGUGAUUUUCAAGUUUAUUUUGUUAUUUCUCAAUUAUUAAUAUUUUUUAAGAAAACUUUUUUUUUUCUAUUUCUAUUUUUCUACUGAAAUUACUACAGUAUGUUAGUCGUUUUUUUUUCUCCUUUGAAAUUUUAUAUAAACAACGAGUGUAAUGCUUAGUUCAUAUAGUUUGUGCAUAUUGACAUUCAAUUAAUCAAUCAGUCUUGAUCUCCUGUUACAUCAUUAGAAUAAUGUUUUUUUAAAAAAAAAAAUCAAAUUAAGCAUGACAUAAAAUUUCUAACGAAAAAAAAUAUUUUAUCAUUUGCAUUAUGUAGAAUUACAAUUAGAACAUUUAGUCAAUUUCAAUCUCAAUUUUUUUUCAAAGACAGAAUAUUAAUUUAUUCACUAACUGACUGAAUGUGAUUAUGUCUUAAAUGUACUAAUCAUACUAAUGGCUAAAUGAUAAUUUAAAGCAAACAAAUAUAAUUUCUAUAUGAAAAAAA